UCGUCAGGGUCGUCUGAGCGGGUUCAGGGCUUCCUUCUGGCUGGCGGGCUAGGCUCCUGCUACUUCUGCGCCGAAGGUGGGAGACUGGUGUGCUUUGUAUAUUUUGUGGAAAAAAACUGCUGAAGAUACUAAAGAAAGGGCAGCUCUUCUACUGACAACUCAUAAGGAAAUAAUUUACCACCUACUUAGGAUUAGAAGACAAGCUCAUUCUUAUAGUCUUCUGAAACAAAAUUAGGAUGGAUUGGGGAGAUGAAUAUUCCCAUAAUUCUUUUGACCUACAUUGUUUGUUAAAUUCAUUUCCUGGAGACUUGGAGUUUAAGCAGAUCUUCAAUGACAUUGAUGAAAAGAUAGAACAAAAUGCCAUAAGCAUUGAACACUGCAUUAAAGAAAUACAGUCUGAAGUUAACAAACACUGUCCAGAUGUGCAGCUACGAACAACAACUGACUGUUUUGAAUGGCUAAAUAAUUAUAAUUAUAAUUCAUCCAAGUCACCAUCCAUUCCCCAUGGAGAUAUGAUAAAAUUUCUCAAAGCACUGCAAGAUUUGUUGAAGAAUGAACAAAAUCAAGAAGAAAUGGUAUUGGAUUUACUUUGGGACCUCUCCUGCCACAGCAGUGUUUCCCUCCCAUCCACUCUAAGUGGAACAUCUUUCCAUUUCCUCUCUAGUACUUCUCUUCAUUCUGUUGAAGAUCAUUCCUCUAUGGAUGUAAAGUCUAUAUGGGAUGAUAUAAGACUACAUCUUCGACGCUUCUUAGUGAGCAGAUUACAAACCCACAAUGAAAUAAACAAUUCACAGCAAAAAAUUUUGUUGAAAAAUCAAUGCAUACAACGACUCUUAUUUCUUUAUCCAGAAUCAGAAGUAACAAUCAAGUACCAAAACAUACAGAAUAAACUGUUGACUAAACUUCUGCAGAACUGUUUUCCUUCUUACAGCAGAGAAGCAAAUUUAGACAUAAUGGCUGAUGGAUACCAAGGUACAAUGCUUAAGUUAUACUCAAUGAUAAAAGAGGAUUUUAACAUACUACGUGAAAUUUUAGCUCCAUCCUCAACAGUGAAAUUCAUUAAAGAAACUUACCUGGAUACUGUUACAGAAGAAAUGGCAAAAUUUCUUGAAAAUUUUUGUGAGCUGCAGUUCAAAGAAAGUGCUGUCAGUGUGAUUAAAACAAGCAAGAGCUCCAGCAGGCAUAGAGGAGCAGUGCAUGCUUUGGUUACUCCUGAAUGCCCACAGAAAGGAAGAAAUGUUUUCCUCUCCUUAGAUGAACUCGAGUUCUUAUCACAGCUCAUAAAAUCCUUUUUGAAGUUGGAACAAAAUGUUCAGGAAUUGUUUGAAGAAAUGUUUUUAUGGCUCAAGACACCCAGGAAUACUUCAGAAAUUUUGGAGACAUCCAACAGAGAAGUUGUAAUAGAGAAACCUAGAACAAAUGAAACCAGUAUUCCUUCAGAGCAAUUGCUACCAGUAAAAGAGGCUACUCUACUAAAUUUUGGCUGGAGAAGUGCAUUUAAAGAAGUGUCUCUUCCCAUGGCACAUUGUAUAACAACAGCCAUUGAAGACUUUUCCGCAAAAAUUCUCCAACAGGAACAGAAUGAAAGGUCUUCAGCUAUGAGCUAUGCUUUGAACCUUGUAAAUGUCCAGCAAGUUUGGCAAGAUAGCCGUGCGGUUCCUGAGGCAGACCAACCAAAGAAAAUUGCAAAGUUUUGUUCUGACAUCAUGGAAAAACUUGACACAAUCCUUCCACUGGCUCUGGCAUGCAGAGAUGAUUCUUUUCAGGAAAUUAGAGCAAACUUUGUGGAGGCCUGUUGUAAAGUGGCAACAGCUGUCCUGGUCAGACUGCAAGAGAGAGGCAAGGAGGUUCCUUCCAAAGCACCCCUGAUAAACUUGCACAUGCUGCUCUCCACGGCGGUGUAUGUCUUCCAGCAUUUUAUGCAAUAUGAUAAUUUGAUGAAAGAAAAUACUAAGAAACCCAUAUUCCUGGUACCUGUCCAACAAUAUCAGGAAUUCAUCAACACUCUACAGUUUCAGGUUACGGACUACUGCGUCAGAGUUUGUGCUACAAGCAUUUUACAGGAUGCUGAGAGCCACCACUGGGAUGACUACAAAGCUUUUUAUGAGGGGGAAAGAUGCUCCUUCUCGCUCCAGAUGUGGCAUUAUUUCUUCUGGGCGCUUCAUCACGAUCUCUGGACCAUUCUGCCCCCUAAGUUAGCCCAGGAGAUUCUAGCAGAAGUGCUGGAGAAAUCUUUGGGUCUCCUGGCCUCCAGAUAUGCUCGGGCCCAUCCCAGUUAUGAGAGAACUCCACAGAUAAGACUUGAUGUCACAACAAUUCUAAUAUGCACUGAGAACAUGUUAUGGUCAGUUUGCACAUCUGUACAGAAGCUUUUGAAUCCUCAUGAGUAUGUAGAUGAUAAAAUUUUUAAAAUUCAUACCCAUUGUAAUAAUCUCUUCACAACAUUAGUCAUUUUGACUUCACCACUAACUGAAUUAUACCAGACUUUUCAGCAUGGCAUGAAUGAUUCUGCUUCAGAUUCCUUAAAGCCAUUUUUCAAGCAACCAUUACAUUGGCUUUCUUGCAUAUCACAUUUCUACCCUUCUUUACUCAGGACUCCAUCAGCUGGACGAUUGACAGCCGAGGGUCAAUUGAAACUGCUCUUAUCCCAGCCAGGCUGUAAUUGGAACCUGCUUCUGGAAACUCUACUGCAUCAUGAUGGUCUUUUACUGAGAAUCUUGCUAAAGAGCUCAAAGCGCACCUUUCAAGAACAAGGUUCUGAUACAGAAAGUAAUCUGAACCAAGGAUCCAGCUUGAUAGAAGCUAUCUUUAAAGUAUUGUACCACUGCAAUUUUUCUCCACAAACAUUUGGAAAUGUUUUUGUGAGCUACAUGGAAGAAGAACAUUUAUGGGACUUUUUAUAUAAUGUUCCAGUCUCAACGUGCAUGGAGUCUGAGGUAGAGGUCAUCCGAUGCCUGAGACUGGCACUGACUGACGCCGUCAAGGACAUUGUGCAGCAGAUAAUAUCUGUGCUGAGCUCUUGGAGAAACUGUGAGACAAACCUAAACAAGCACAGUGUUCUUGAAAGUCUGCAUGAGAGCAUUCCAAAAGAAUGGAAUUAUAUUCCAAAAGAAACCAAAAGGAAAGAAUCAAGCAAAGGCUGCACAAGGCUUGCUGCUCAGGCAGUAUCUAUUGUAAUCAGCAAGUUACCUACGGUGAUUGCAUGUUUGCCUCCCCCAGUUAAAUACUUCUUUUUUCUGUCUGAGAGAAAAAUGUCAAAAAACUUUGUUGAAUUAAAGAAAGCUGGCCUGCUUGUCUGGAACUUGAUUGUAAUUAUAUGUCGGAUAUUUGAGGAUGGAAACACUGUGGAACUUUUAACAGGUGCCUCCCUUGACAGAUGGAGUAAAGAGAAACUCGGUUUAAUCUGUGUGUGUUUGGAAAGCAUCAUGGGAGAGCAGACAAGUAGCCCUAAUCAAAUGACCCAAAAGGUCAUACGGAGCAUUGAGCAGCAAAAACCCAACUGGAUUGAAUGCCAAUUGUUGAAAGCAAGGAAACUGAGCACCGAAUGUGCAUUUAUGACAAUAGAGAAAAACACAGCCUUAGAAGAAGGAGAUAUUGCUCUUGAACUGACUGAGCAGAAAAUAAACAUGAUGGUCCUGGAUAUCUGCCACAAACCAGGUGGCAGCGAGUACCUGAGGCAAAUUUAUCACAUCAUGCGGCUCAAUGAGGAGUAUUUAAAAGAACAGCUGUUUUCUAUGAAUGGUUCAGAGGAAAAGCCAUUAUGCAUCCGACCUUUAAAGAUGACCUUGAGGAGUGUGGAAGAUCAGCCCUCUGCCUUUAACCCUUUCCAUGUGUACAAGGUGUUUAGCGAAAACAUGCUUGAUCAGUCAGCUAUCACAAAAUGGAACUGGAAUUGGUCAAACUUGCUGCCAAAUUAUCUGGGACUGGAUAAGACGACCUUCAGUGUACUGCUCAAAAACAGGUGGGAAAUGAGGAAGGAUGAAAGACUACAAGAGGAAGAAAAAGCAAUGCUGGAACAUCUAAAACUAAUAUGUACCAUCCAGGACUCUUCUGCCUCAGAUAACACAGAGGAACAGUAAUCUGCAGAAAACAGCAACAGUUUUAUUUUAGGAAAUAAUCACAUGUAAUGGAGUAGGAUUUUUACUCUAGUCAGAAUGAACCUCUGAUGUGCUGUGAAGCGUGAAACCAAUGACUGAGUAAUCUCUGAACUGAAAAAGAGUACAGCACAUAAAGAAUAAAAUGCUACAUAUUUUUUAUUUUUAAAAUAAUUUCAAAUGUUUUUCUUUCCUCAGUCUUUCUCUUAAUAUGAUAUAAC